ACUCUUUAGCCGCGUUCUUCUCCUUUAUAAAUCCUUAAUCUUCCCUUCUUCCUCUUCCAUCCAUCGAUUAUAUCGCCAACUAUUUCGAUUUCAUUUCUCCGAUCACUUCUUCCUUCCAUUUCCGAUCUUAAACUACCCUCAAUUUCCCCUCUGUUUUUGGCUAUGGCUGAAUCCGAUCCUUCGUCGCAGCGCCAGGAAACGGUGGCUAGGGCAGAGCAGGAGAGGCUGAAGUAUUUGGAGUUCGUUCAAACGGCGACCUUUCGAGCGACGGAGUGUUUCUUUAAUGUUUAUGGCUAUGCGAAGGACCGGUCUGGUCCAUUGAAGCCCGGCGUCGAGACCGUUGAGGGCACUGUGAAGUCUGUUGUUGGUCCUUUGUAUAACAAGUUCCAUGGCGUUCCGAUUGAGGUUCUUAAAUUCGUCGAUCGCAAGGUGGAUGAGUCAGUGACGAGGAUCGAUCGCCACGUUCCUCCAACAGUAAAGCAGGCCUCAUCACAGGCCAUGUCUGCUGCACAGCAGGCACCUGAAGUUGCUCGAAGCGUAGCUUCUGAGGUCCGACGCACUGGCCUAAAAGAGUCCGUGUCUGGGAUUGUGAAAUCUGUGUAUGCCAAGUGCGAGCCAACUGCAAAGGAACUCUACUCCAAAUACGAGCCCAAGGCCGAGCAGUGCGCAGUUUCAGCAUGGCACAAGCUCAACCAGCUCCCUGUGUUCCCCACCGUUGCACAGGCCAUCUUGCCAACAGCAGCGUACUGCACAGAGAAAUAUAAUGAGACUGUACGAACCUCGGCCGAGAAAGGAUACAAGGUCUCUUCAUACCUUCCAUUGGUUCCUACGGAGAGGAUUGCAGAAGUGUUCAGCAAGAAUGGAGUUGAGAUGAAGCCCUUGGUGAAUUAAGAGCCAAAGCCAAACCUGUUUUUUUUCCCCUUAUGAUAUGUAAAAAAAAGAACACAUUAUGAACGUUUUUUUGUCGUCCCAAUGUUUGAGAAAUUAUUCGAUGUGUUGUGACAGUUCGAUGAUAUCUCGAGGCGUAUGGAGGUGUGCUUAUAUUUGUUUGUUGGUGUUGGUAGUUCUUCUGAGCCUUAUGUUCACUUUGGCAUCAGAGGGGUAGCUAUGGCAUUUUAUCGUUGAGGGACUUUUCAUGGCAGAUAUGAUCUUACAUAGUUUUGAUAUUUUAUUUGAAAAAAAAUCAAAUCUUAGUUCUCUCCAUUUUGGUAUUA